CGCGGUGGCUUCAUUCGUUCGGCGACAAUGGCGACAGAUCUUGAUCAGUUUAAACAGCUUUUAAACACACUUCUUAGCACGGAUAAUGAUGCCAGAACACAAGCAGAGGAGGCAUAUAACAAUCUUCCGGUGGAACGCAAGGUAACAUUUCUUUUAAUUUCUUUGUGCAAUGCCACCCUUGCGGAAGAGAUGCGUGCUAUGGCGGCUGUAUUAUUACGUCGACUGUUUUCUUCAGAAUUCAUGGACUUUUACCCCAAAAUCUCGCCAGAAGCACAAGUUCAAUUGAAAGAGCAAAUUUUAUUAUCUGUUCAAAAUGAACAAACAGAAACUAUUCGGCGUAAAGUUUGUGAGGUUGCGGCUGAAGUUGCACGAAAUUUAAUCGACGAGGAUGGUAAUAAUCAGUGGCCAGAAUUCCUGCAAUUCUUAUUCCAGUGUGCAAAUAGUCCUUUACCAGCACUAAAGGAAAGUGCACUUCGAAUGUUCACAUCCGUCCCAGGUGUAUUUGGAAAUCAACAGGCAAAUUAUCUUGAUCUUAUCAAGCAAAUGUUACAACAGUCUAUUAUGGAUUCUGCAAAUUAUGAGGUCAGAUUUCAGGCUGUAAGAGCAAUAGGAGCUUUCAUUAUUUUGCACGAUAAAGAAGAAAAUAUACAUAAACACUUCUCAGAAUUACUACCUGCAAUUAUACAAGUAACUGCUCAAUCGGUAGAAAAACAAACAGAUGAUGCUCUUUUGAAAGUUUUAAUUGAUUUGGCUGGAUCGACACCAAAGUUUUUGAGAUUGCAGUUAGAAACUAUAAUGGAAAUGUGUAUGAAAAUAUUUUCAAACGAAGAUAUGUCAGACUCGUGGAGACAAUUAGCAUUAGAAGUCUUAGUAACAUUAGCAGAAACUGCUCCUGCUAUGGUACGUAAAGUAGGUGGAAAAUAUAUUGCAUCUCUAGUACCGUUGGUACUAAAAAUGAUGACUGAUAUAGAAGAUGAUGAAAAAUGGAGUUUUUCCGAUGAAAUUGUUGAUGAUGACAACGACAGUAACAAUGUUGCUGCCGAAAGUGCUUUAGACAGAUUAGCAAGUGGUUUAGGUGGUAAAACAAUGUUACCACAAAUUGUACAGAAUAUUCCUUCAAUGUUGAAUAACAGCGAUUGGAAAUAUAGGCACGCAGCUCUUAUGGCAAUCUCAGCUGUCGGUGAAGGUUGCCAUAAACAAAUGGAAGCAAUAUUACCUCAAAUUAUGGAUGGAGUUAUACAAUAUUUACAAGAUCCUCAUCCCCGUGUAAGAUACGCCGCUUGUAAUGCAGUAGGUCAGAUGUCAACUGACUUUGCACCUACAUUCGAAAAGAAAUUCCAUGACAAAGUUAUUCCUGGAUUAUUAAUGGUUUUGGACGAUAAUGCAAACCCAAGAGUUCAAGCUCAUGCAGGAGCAGCACUUGUGAACUUCAGUGAGGAUUGUCCAAAACAUAUAUUGACACCAUAUUUGGAUGCUAUUAUGGCCAAAUUAGAAUCGAUACUUACUGCUAAGUUCCAAGAAUUAGUUGAAAAAGGCACUAAGCUUGUUCUUGAGCAAGUUGUUACAACUAUUGCAUCUGUGGCUGAUACUUGUGAAGAACAGUUUGUAACAUAUUAUGACAAACUAAUGCCAUGUCUAAAGUAUAUAAUUCAAAAUGCGAAUCAACAAGAGCACAAAAUGCUACGUGGUAAAACGAUUGAAUGCGUGAGUCUCAUAGGACUUGCAGUUGGAUCAGAAAAGUUUAUUGCAGAUGCUAGCGAAGUUAUGGAUAUGUUACUAAAAACCCAUUCUGAAGGAGCUCUUCCAGAUGACGAUCCACAAACAAGUUAUCUUAUAUCUGCAUGGGCUAGAAUUUGUAAAAUUCUUGGUAAACAAUUUGAACCAUAUUUACCAUUGGUAAUGGGUCCAGUUUUACAUACAGCAUCUAUGAAGCCCGAAAUUGCUUUACUGGACAAUGAAGAUAUGGAAGCUAUAGAAGAUCUUGACUGGGAGUUUAUUUCUCUUGGAGAACAGCAAACUUUCGGGAUUAAAACAGCUGGCUUGGAGGAUAAGGCUUCUGCUUGUGAAAUGUUAGCUUGUUACGCUCGAGAAUUGAAAGAAGGUUUCGCAGAUUACGCAGAAGCUGUAGUACGGCUAAUGGUUCCUAUGUUGAAAUUUUAUUUCCAUGAUGGUGUUAGAGCAGCAGCUGCUGCAAGUUUACCGUACCUACUUGACUGUGCAAAAAUAAAAGGUCCAAUGUAUCUCGAAGGUAUGUGGUCAUAUAUCUGUCCCGAUCUCUUAAAAGCAAUUGAUACAGAACCGGAAUCUGAAGUUCUGUCAGAACUACUCAACUCUUUGGCUAAAUGUAUUGAAACACUCGGUGCUGAUUGCUUAGGGGCACGACCUAUGGCCGAACUUCUAUGUAUAUUAGAUAAAUUACUUAAUAAACACUUUGACAGUGCAGUGGCCAGGUUGGAAAAACGUAAGGAUGAAGAUUAUGACGAGAUCGUUGAGGAACAACUUGCUGACGAAGACAAUGAAGAUGUAUAUACGCUAAGUAAAAUAGCAGAUAUUUUACAUGCUUUGUUUAUCACAUACAAAUCUUCGUUCUUCCCAUACUUUGAUCAAAUUUGUGGACAUUUUGUAAAAUUGUUAAGUCCCGAGAGGUCUUGGUCGGAUCAUCAAUGGGCUUUAUGUAUCUUCGACGACGUAAUAGAAUACGGUGGUCUUGAUUGUGCAAAAUAUCAGGAAUACUUUUUGCGACCAAUGAUACAAUAUGUAUCAGAUAAAUCAGCAGAAGUCCGACAAGCAGCAGCUUAUGGUUGCGGUGUUUUGGGUCAACAUGGAGGAGAAGCGUUUGCUCAAGCAUGUGCAGAAGCCUUACCUAGGUUAAUGGAAGUUAUAAACGAUCCAGAAUCUAGAUCGCCAGAAAAUGUUAACCCGACUGAAAAUGCUAUUUCUGCAGUAACAAAAAUUCUUAAGUAUAACAAUAAAGCAAUUAAUGUUGAUGAAAUACUUCCUCAUUGGCUCUCUUGGCUACCUGUAGUAGAAGAUAAAGAUGAAGCACCUUACGUUUAUGGAUAUCUCUGCGAUUUAAUUGAAGCAAAUCAUGUAGCAGUUUUAGGUCCAAAUAAUGCAAAUCUACCUCGGCUAAUAAGUUUCUUUGCAGAAGCACUUCAUAGAGAUACAUUGCCUACAGAUAAUUCUGUCAUGGGCAGAAUUCUUAGUAUUGUUAGACAAAUACAAAACAACGAGUCUAUGUUCCAAGCAUGCAUAAACGCAUUAACAACAGAUCAACAACAAGCAUUACACAAGGCACUUAGUGCACAACCUACUAAUUAGUCAUUUAUUUUUAUCUCCGAACUUUAACGCCUUAAUUAAAACAAAAAAAAAUAAAAACAACACAUUUGCUUUAACAAAGCUUAUCGUGAAAUCACAUAUUUUAGGUAGCUACAUUAUACCUAUGGAACAUUUGCUCCAGCCUAAUAAUGAAGAGAGACACAAUACUGUAUGUAAUUAUUUGACAUAACUCGCAUAUUUGUUGAUUAUAUUUCACUAAUUGAUACAAUAAUCGCGCCAUUUUUUACUAUUCAGAAUUGUUACAAAUUAUAUAAAACGAAACUUAUACUCGUCAUUACUCAGGGAAGUGUGAUGAGUUUCACAUAAGUCUAGAAGAAAUAAAGUUAAUUAAAUUACAUGAAUGAGUUCGCACUGACGAAAUUUAUAAAACUAAUUUUUCUUUCGCGACAUUUAUAAAGGUACGAUAAUGUGGUGUAUAUAUGUGAACGUAUUCUUAACGUAGCAAAAUUAAAACAAGACUACAUUUUUCGCCAUUGAGAGCCGAACGAUGCUAAAUUUUUUUAAAUGUAGCUUUGUAAAUUGCGUAGUAUUCUAAAUAUUAAUUAUAACUAUGUUCAGUGAACAUUAAAACGCUUAUACUUUUGUCACUGCGAUCUCUAAUUCGUCCCAAUUAUAUCUACAUUCUCAAGUUACUUUUUUGACAGAAUAAUAAAACUGCGAAAAGUAAAACAUAGACUGGAAAAAACAUCAACUCAUUGCCAUCAAAUGAUGGUAGAACAUAUUGUGAUUUAGGUAUUUUUAUUAUUAAAUUUAGGUACAGUAAAUGUUAUUUAAUAAUAAUAUCAAUAAUAUUACAGUGUUGAAGUUAGAUAAAAUUGUAUACGAAUGCCUUUUGAAUGAAACGUAAUGAACUCAAAAGUUUUAAGUCUUGGAUGAUAUUGUAAUACGUGGAGUACAUUAAAUUACCUUCUAAUUCUAACUCAUCGAAUCGUAUUAAAAGAAACGUAUAUAUUUUCAGUUUGAUAUAAAUUAUAUAUGAUCUUGUAAUUUUACAGCUAAUUUACAUUGAUUUAUUACGCUUAUUUAGUUGUACUUUUACACUGGUUUUGUUAUCAUGUCAUCUGCAGAGAAAAAAAAAAUGAUAAUGCUGGGCAUUACGUUUCUUCCAAUUAUUGUGUAAUAACAAUAUAAAAUGAGAACAAUGUUAAAAACAAAAUGAGUGGAAUUACAACUUCCUGUUACUGCUAUUUAUUUGUAAACAAUAAUUGACACAAUGCUUAUUAUUACGUAAAAAUUUGCAGUGAAAAAUAUACCCUAUAUGAAGUUUGCAGUUGCAUCAUAAAGUCCUCUUAAGAAUCUUUUUUAAUAUCAUACACAUACGCAUACACACACACGCACACACACAUAUAUAUAUUAGAAAUAUGUAAUGAUCGAACUUUUGUGUGUGUGUGUGCAUGUUCGUGUACAUAUAGAUAUAUAAAUAUCAAAGCAUAUAAAUAUGAUACAAGUACAUAACGUUGAAUUACAUAAAUGUAAUUAUUAUUGCAGUAAUAGGUACUUUUUAAUUAUUGUACGAAGUCCAACGUAAAAAUCUCGUGAAAAGGAUAUAUGUGCGACUGUAAACAGUUCACUACGAAUUAAAGAAGGACUGUUUGUGCGACCUAUUGUGACAAAAUAAUGUGGAAACAAAAUUAAUAUGAGAAAAGUAAAAUUAUAAUUCUUAUAAUUAUAUAGAGAUUAUUUUAAAGUUAUUAUUAAUUAAAAUAAAUCUCAGCUUUUUAAUUGAUUGUUUUGUUUUACCUUCAGAAACUAUAUAUUUUUAACUUGAUAAAAAUGGAUUUGUAGGUAUAUUGCAAAUCAUAAUUGUAAUUCUAUUUAAUUUUUCAAAUUUAAUAAAAUCAAAAAUAGUGUCUCGUGAUAGUGUGUGCUCUCUGCCACAAUCUUCUAUAAAAUUUUGUUCAAUAAAUAAACUAUAUGACAUUCAAAUUAAUAUUUUCGCCCAAAUUUGAUGUUAUCAAAUGCACAGUCCAAGCAAUGAUUUAUGAAAUUAAUAAGUGUAUUAUAUCCCACAUGAUAUUUACACAUAACAGAGAUAAGGAUGUACAAUAAUGAACGUGUGUUCAUUUUUAAUGGAAAGUGCUAUAAAUUCGAUUUUAUUAGACCACACAUUUUUUUUUUUCUUUUCUGCAUAUGUGAUUUAUAAUACAGAUUUAAAAACAAUUUCGUUACAAAAUUGUAAAUAAUGUACACUCUUUGGUAAACUAUUUAAAAGUAUGCAACAACUGUACAUAAAGCUUGGACAAGACGAGUCAGAGUUUAUUAAAGUUCACAUAAUUCGCAAAAAAACCAUGCAAUCGUGAUUAAUAUUAUGUUUAUAAGAACACGUUCCUGCUUCAAUCUAUACCAAGUAAUUUGUAGAAUGUCAUCAUAUAGAUGAUAAGUCAAUCGAAUACACUUAAUCGACGUACGUAUGAAAUCAAAUUUUAUACAAAUGUAACAUUUUUUAAUGCCUACACACUUCAUUAUACAACAGACAUAAAAUCAUUAAUGGCACUACUUCAUAGUUGAAGCAUCGACGACGUUCGUUUGUGGUUAAAAUUACUGAACCGCAUUAGAAAAAGAAACUGUAUGACGCGUAUAUAUGAUAAACACAAAUAUAUGUAUAGAUUUUUGUAUUUUUAAUGGUUCGACAAUUUCAUGUGCUAAAUAAAUCCCUCACAACAAACUAUACUACC